GGCUCUACCCAUCACACCCUAUCUCGAGCCCCCCAGGUGCGGCAAUAGGGUAGGGCUCUUCGAGGGCCGGCUCGAGCCGUUCGAUCGAGCCACACUGCACAUGCUCUUUAAGGAAUGAAUAACAAAACAUCAUUUUCAAGGUGAAGCUGGAUCAUUAAUGACUUUUCCUUUUUCCACAUAUAAUUGAAGAGAGAUAAUGUUUGAAUGGUCAUCCACAACUUUACAAUCAUCAUCUUCACACGCAAAAAAAAAAAGUUCACAAGCAUUCUCUCUCUGCAAAACAUGGAUGGAGGAGGUGUGUCUGCUGCAGCCAUUGAAAUUCUGCUUCAAAGCCUUAUCAAUGUUUUCAAAGAAGAACACUCUCUACUUCGAGGUCUCGACGAAGAUGCCCAACAGCUGCAAACGACUUUGGGAAUCAUUCAGGGUUACUUGAAUGAUGCGGAGAAGAAAUCCAUCACCCAAGAUGCUGUCAAGAUCUGGUUGAGGAAGCUUGAAGCGCUGGCCUUCGAUGCUGAUAAUGUUGUGGAUGAACUCAGCUAUCAUCUUCUCCACAAAGAAGUCAACAAAAUGAAGACACGCAAGGAUAAGGUACUAUCAUGCUUCUCAUCCUUUAAUCACAUCUCACGCCCACGAAAUAUGGCUCUUAGAAUCAAACAAAUCAAUACGAGUUUUGAGAAUAUGAACAAAAGGGCAACCGAGCUCGGCCUUCAGAGCAUAGUGGUGAAUGCACCUGCUGCUGCUGCUCUGAAUGCUUCCUUUGAGACUGAUUCAUUCUCUCUUGAUCCAAUCUUUAUCGGAAGAGAUGAUGAUGUGCCUAAACUAGUUGAGAUGCUCACCCACACCCGCUCAGAGGAACGGAUCUUCUCCAUCAUUGCUCUUGUCGGAAUGGGAGGUAUGGGGAAAACUACGUUGACUAGGAAAGUCUUCAAUCAUGAGAAGAUGAAGACUCGAUUCGGAUCACGGCUUUGGGUUCAUGUUUCUCAGACUUUUGAUCCAAUUCUUCUUUUCAAGAAAAUACUUUUCAAGAUGGCUAAAAACACUGCAGAUGGAGAUGGAGUUGAGAGCAGAGAUGAUGAUAUCCUGGAAACUAGAAAGACUAUUGAUGGAGUUGAGAGCAGAGAAGAUAUUCUUGAAAAGCUACAAGUAACUCUCAAGACUAAAACUUAUCUUCUUGUUCUUGAUGAUAUAUGGAAUGAAGAUGUUCCGACAUGGGAAGGCUUUAUAAAUUCCAUAUCGGGAGUAACUUCUACUAAAGGAAAUGGCAUCAUCAUCACUACCAGGAAUGAGAAGGUUGCUUCAAUUGUGAACCCACUUGACAUUCAUAUGUUAAAAGGCUUAUCAGAUGAAGAUUGCUGGUCCAUAAUCAAAGCUAAAACUUUUGUUGAAAAUGGAGAUCAAGUACCAUCAGGAUUGGAGAUGAUUGGAAAAAAGAUUGCUGAAAGAUGUAAAGGUCUGCCCUUAGCUGCCAAUGUUGUCGGGGGAGUGCUUCGCCGUAAAUCUCAAAAAGAGUGGCUCGAUGUCGAACAGAGAUGGCUUACGGAUGUUGAUGGAGAUAACAUCUCGAAAAUUUUGAGAUUGAGCUUUGAUAAUUUGUCUUCACCGUCACUCAAGAAGUGCUUCACAUACUGUUCAAUUUUCCCAAAAGGUGACAGAAUUGUGAAGCAGAAGCUGAUCGAACAAUGGAUGGCAGAAGGUUUUCUUCAGCCUAAUCGAAGAGAUGAUAUGGAGUCUGUGGGCGAGAUGUUCUUUAAUAUGCUUCUACAAAACUCUUUGUUGCAAGUUGCAGGGAGAGAUGAUAUUGGAAAUGUGGAGAGUUGUGUGAUGCACGAUCUUGUGCAUGAUCUCGCAUCUUCUGUUUUGGGUUCUUCUAGUAAUGCAGAUGGCUGCAACCAAAUCAGAUACAUCACUCUUCAAGGGUCAAAGCCUGUGCCAAAACAAGUGGCAAAACAUUUGCGUACAUUGUUCUUGGAAGGUGAUGAAAUUCCGGGUAACUUGGAAAGUCUGCAUGUUCUUACUCUUAAGCGUUAUGGAGUUCAAGAGUUGCCCAAUUCAGUUAGGAAGAUGAUACAUUUGAGAAAUCUUGAUAUUUCAAAUACGGGAAUUAAGAAUUUGCCAGACUGGAUUAGUGAAUUCCAUCACUUGCAAACAUUAAGAGCCGAGAGGUGGGAUUGGGAAGUAUCCAAAUUGGUUCUGCCAAGUACGUUAAAGUACUUGAUUAACUUAAGGCAUCUCUAUAUCGAUGAUGAUGUGAAGUUGCCUGCGGAGAUUGGGAGAUUAAGUUGUCUCCAAACACUAAGGCACUUUAAAGUGGGUGACAACAAGGGCUAUCAAAUUGAAGAGCUCGGAAGUUUGAAGAAUCUCAAAGGACAACUAGUGAUUAGUAGUUUGGAAAAGGUGCAGGGCAAAGAAGAGGCAGAGAAAGCAAAGAUAUUUGAGAAGCUAAACUUAUUUGAUUUGGGGUUUGAAUGGGAUGAGGAUAGAGAAGGUGAAAGAAAUGUUGAUGAGAGUGUGUUGGAAGGCCUGCAACCUCAUGCAAAUGCCAAUCUGAAGAAGUUAGGGAUUUAUGGAUUCAAAGGCAAAAGAUUUCCAGAAUGGAUUGAGAAGAUGGCAGUACGGGAUGGGCCUCAAGCCUCUUGGGUACCACUUGAAAACUUGAUUCAGAUAACACUCGAGAGGUGCUCAGAAUGUGAGGAAAUCCCACAGCUGGAGCACUUGCCAAAUCUCAAAUCUCUUUCUUUGAUAGGAUUGGAGAAGGUGAGGUUCAUAAAUUCUUCAUUCAAUAAUUUAUCAUCCCUCAAAAUAGGAGACUUGGAGGGAUUGGAAUGUCUGCCAGAUUGGUUAUUCUAUAAGAAUCAGAAUCUAUCAGAGUUGGAGAUAUGGAAAUGCCCCAGGUUGAGAGAAUUACCAGAUGGACUGGACACCCUCAAUUCUCUGGAGAAGUUGACUAUUUAUGAAUGUCGAAAUGUGAAGUCAAUAGGGAAUCCAAGUGGCAGAGAAGGACAAUCACAAGGAAUCCUUCGUCAGCUCACGAUCGAAGGGUGCGAAGGGUUGAUGGUUUUGCCACGUCAAAUGCUAGAGUCAUGGGCGCCAACAAUCGAGCGUCUCCGCUUGAGGGGAUUAAGCAGCCUAAAGAAUCUGCCGAUGGUAAUUGACUGCCUCGCUAAAGCGGUGAGUCUCGGAGAUUUGACAAUUGUUGAUGUUCCUAAAUUGUUCAUGUCUACUGAUAGUGUCAAGAGUUUGGGUUUAGGGUGCUUACAGUCGUUAGUGAUAGAUGUGAGUUGGGAGUGGUCAAUGGAGAGUAGUGUUGGCAUUAAACAGACUGUGGAUGCCUUAUUGCAAGGAUGCUGCAACUCACUUACUUCCUUGGUCUUAAGAGGGGUGGAAAAUUGGGAGUGGUUACCAGAAUCAAUUCAACAUCUCACAGCUCUUGAUUGUUUAGUGUUAGAUAAUUUAGGGGUAGAAGAAUUGCCUGAAUGGUUGGGGAACCUUCCAUCUCUACGGUGGUUAUAUCUAAAUAGUUGCAACAAGUUGAGGCGUCUGCCCUCUUGCUGGGGGGAUGCAUUGAAGUUCUUAAUUAUCAAAGAUUGUGGGGAAUUAGGCAUUGAUCCUAUUCCUGCAGAGUGGCACAACAACUUUCCCAAUCUCACCGUCUGGGUUGACGGCCGCGAAAUUAAACCUUGCAGCAAAACUUCAACAAUAUUGAGUCGAUGCUUCCGCAAGAGAAAUUGAAGCUAAUGAUUGUCCAUUUGCAGACUUGCUUUCUUCAUCUACACAUCUUUGUUUUACUAUUUGUCAAUUUUUAUUUAUGCUUUGGUGUUUUCUUCCCAUAGCUUUUGAGAAUGCAAACUACAAAGAUCAUGUCUUAAUUUUUAGCAUUGUUUCUGUUUUCUAUCUUUUGAGGAAACAGAAGCCGUUGAAAUAGCUUUCAUUUUAAUAGACACUAGUGUGUAAUUCGUCGAAUUUCGACGGAAAACUUUGUACAUUCUUUUUCAUUAUAGUAUAUAAAAUGAUUUUUAUAUAAA